CCCUUUCCGUAACGGAACCUCGAAAGCAAACGUCAAGAGAAAAUAAAACCUGGGAUUACAGCGCAAAUAAGAAAGGAAGGAAGGAAGGAAGGAAGGAAGCCCAACAAACAUCAUGUCACGGAUCGUUUUUGUAUUAUUCGCGGCCAUCUUAACAGAUGCGCUCACCGCCGGCCAAGUGAAUGUGGAGCCCAACACCGCACUGCUGAACGAGGGCGAUCGCACAGAGCUGCUCUGCCGCUACGGACGGACCAUCAACUACUGCCGCAUCGAGAUACCCGGCGAACAGAAGGUGCUCAAUCUCUCGCCGGAAUGGAGCAAGACCCCGGGAUUCACCUACUACGGCGCUGGCCUGCAGGCCGGCCAGUGCGGUGUCACCAUCGAGAGGGUCAAGGCCAGCAACAACGGCCAGGUCAAGUGCAGUCUGGGCGUCGAGGGGGAGGAGCUGUCGGGCACCAUUGAUCUGGUGGUGGCAUUGCGUCCCCAGCAGCCCAUAAUCGAACUGCUCUCUAAACCGAAUCGCGAGGGCUACUUUCCCGAGGGAACCCAGUUCAGUGCCCGUUGCAGCGUCCGCGACGGUCGCCCGCCCGCAAACAUCUCGUGGUACAUUGACAACAUGCCGGCCAACAAGCGGACGAGCCAGCUGGAGAUCAUCUCGACGCCGACCAACGACAAUGUGGAGCUGUCCACCUCCGUGCAGGAGAUCCAAUGGCACUUGUCGCCCGAGGAUAGCAACAGGAAGCUCGUCUGCCGUUCGCAUCAUCAGACAGAUCGCGAGACAGUGCCACCGCAGGAGGCGGCCUACAUCAUCAAUGUGCGAUAUGCACCCGUUCAUCAGCCAGAGGCCUCUGUGUAUGGAUUGUAUUUGGAUCACACUGCCAUUGUUAACAUCACAAUCCGGGCCAGUCCCUUGCCAAGGAUUGAGUGGACCAUCGAGGGAUUGGUGGUGUCGCAGGGCCGCACCGAGGGCCGCUACUCGGCGUACGAGCCACAGUAUCUGGGCAACGAUGAGUACAAUGUAACGCUGGCCAUCGCCGGACUGACGCUGGAGGAUACGACCAAAAUCUACAAUCUGCGUGCCACCAACGAGCUCGGUCUGACGGACUACCAAGUGCGCAUCAGUUCCUCGAGCAAGCCGCCCAGCAAUAGCCUGGACGUGGCCGCCAUUGUGGGCAUCGUUGUGGCCGUCGCUGUACUGGUUCUGGUCGUACUCCUCCUCCUGUUUGCCCGUGCCACAGGCAGAUGGUGCUUUGGCGGUAAAUCAAUCAAGACGCCCACAAACGAAACCAGCGACACCGAAAGCGCCGACAUUAAGGCCACCUCAACCGCCACGGCCACAACGGCAGCCACCACAACAAUGGGCGGCAGCGGGUUGGGCGUGUCGGCCACAGAGGAGUCAUCGGCCAACAACAGCAAUGAGCAGGAAGCCCAGGAGCAACAGCCCCAACAGCAGCAGCAGAAGAAGGCCAAGAGUCUGCCAGCCUUUGCGGCGGCCAUAUUAAAGCGUUUCCACGAGAAGGAUGCCAGGAAAGGCAAGGACAAGGAUGUGGAGACCACGGCAGAGGCGGCCCUGACCCUGGCCAACGAACAGGACACACCGGAGAGCAAUGCCAUCGAUGGCAAUGACAAUGAACCAAAGCAAGACAAACAACUCGUCUAUGCUGAACUUGUACUAAAGCCAGCGAAUGAGACGGCAACAACAGCAACGCCUGCAGCAGCCGCAGCAGCAUCUCAAGGACCUGCCGUCGCCACAACAACACCUGGCCUCGAAGGAUCUGGUAAAAAUUCAACGGAAUACGCAGAAAUAGUCUAUGUGCAAAAGCCCACAGCCGCAGCCGCAGCCGCAGCCACAGCCACAGCCGAUGGCAAAAAGUAAUCUCUAGCCCUAAAAAUCUUGCCCCUGGGAGGCUGAAAACAAAAAAAAACAACAAAAACAGAAAACUUAAAGCACAAAAUGCAGCAGCAACAAAUUACACACAAAAACAGAACCCAAUGCAACACGUAAACAUACAACAUACAACAUAAACCACUUUAAAAAUUAGAAAGAAAACAAAAACACAAAAAAAAUAUAUAUUAAAAAUAAAAAAUUAUAAAUAAAUUAUAAAGUGGUUUUUCAAAAACUUCUUCGAAUGUGUAUGUGUACUAAAUAAAUCUAAAGAAAUGUAAAACUAAAAAAAACACACAAAAAAACCAUUAAAAAAAUUAAUGAAUCUCUGCACAGAAAAUCUUGACACUAGACACGCCCUCCUACCCCCCCUUUCACAAUAUAUGAUUCCACCCUGCCCACAAAUAAAUUAAAUCAAAUUUACAACAACAAAAAAUAACAUUUGCAAAAGAAAAAGAAAAAACAAAAAAUAAAUAUAAAUAAAAUUUACAUAAAAAUAAAAGCAAAAGCGAAAAAAAAAAUGAUAAAAUAGGCAAGAGAAAAGCAUUUUGAAAAAUCUCAAUUAUUUACAUAAAUGUCUCGCAACUAAGCUAAAAAAAAAAAAGAAAUAAAUUUAAGGCAAAAAAAAUAAGAAACAUAAAAAUUAAAGCAAAGAAAAUUAAGGAAAACCCCUAAAGAGACCCCAAAUGAUUUGUAUGCCCCUUUUUUGGAAUUCAAAAUUAACAGCCAGAGCAAAGCAUUUAAGAUAAAAAAUAGUACACUUUUCGAAUGAAAAAAUAUUAAGAAAAAAAAACUGCUACAAAAGUAUUUUCAUGGAUUUCUUUGAGUCGAUUUGGCAUUCAUUUUCCAUUCAACGCAACACCCAAACUGGCGAUUAAUGUUAUUAUUAUUUAAUGCAAUUCACGCAAUUAUAAUUAUAUGUGUAUUAAUGGAUAAUUGAUUAAGUUAAGUGCAUGAAUUAAUUAUGUAUUUUCAUGAUGAUGAUUGAUUUUCGUACUCGAGUAUUCUGUAAGUUAUCAUUUGUACUAUAUUGUAAAGUUAAGCGCGAACCAUGAACACUUUUUUGAAUAAAAUUCUUUACCAAUAC